AAAUAUAAUAAAUCUAUAGCAGGGGAGCCUGCGGAAGGCGGCGCCGGCGGUGGCACCUGCGAGCGGAGGCUGGGGCAGGGCAUGGUGGCUCCCAGUGCACUGUGAGAGCUGAGCGGCCGCGGGGUCCGCCAUGCGCCGGCGGCCCUGACAUGGGCGCCACCGGCUCCAAAGCUCGGGGGCUGUGGCCCUUCGCCUCGGCGGCGGGGGGCGGCGGCCCGGAGGUGGCAGCGGCGGGUGCAGAGCAAGCUUUGGUGCGGCCUCGAGGCCGAACCGUGCCGCCCUUCGUAUUCACGCGCCGCGGCUCCAUGUUCUACGAUGAGGAUGGGGACCUGGCUCACGAGUUCUAUGAGGAGACAAUCGUCACCAAGAAUGGACAGAAGCGGGCCAAGCUGAGGCGGGUACAUAAGAAUCUGAUUCCUCAGGGCCUCGUGAAGCUGGACCCCCCUCGCAUCCACGUGGACUUCCCCGUGAUCCUCUAUGAGGUGUGAGCCUGGGGAGUAGCAGACGCAAGUACCCCUGCCCCAGCAAGACACCCCAGGCUCAAGGUGCAGCUUCCAGUGAGGAGCCCAGGUGGGGCCACAGCCCUGAAUAAACUGUUGGCCCAGCACCUUCA